UCUGACCACAGGGAGUGGAGAUCCGUGUGACCGGCUUUAACCAGGAAAGGGAAACCCCGUCCUCUGCACCCCCAAGGCCCGGGAGGAGAUCCAUGCUGUCCGUGGUGCUGAACCGCGCGACCCUUCAACCGGUGACGUAAAGCUUGAUCCAAAAACACCAACAAAAUAAAAUAUAAAGAACAUUUUUUUCUUUUUUUAUAUGGAUUUGAAGCAAGUUGAGAGGAAAGAAGAGAGGACGCUGGGAGCUCGGUGAUGGCUGGACUCCCCCCUGCCCUCGGCGUCACUCCGGCGGUGUGAGUACUGCGGAGCCUCCGUACACGAGGAGCGAGUCUUUCCACCAGAGAGGUGAAUGUUGACGACACCAUUGAAAUGUUACCCAAAUCAAGAAGAGCUCUGACCAUUCAAGAGAUUGCUGCGUUAGCGCGAUCCUCCCUGCAUGGUAUUUCCCAGGUAGUGAAGGACCAUGUGACGAAGCCUACAGCCAUGGCUCAGGGCAGAGUGGCCCACCUGAUCGAGUGGAAAGGCUGGUGUAAGCCCAUAGACACCCCCGCCCCGGAGACCGAUUUAAACUCCUACUCGGACCUCACCGAGGGAGAGCAGGAGGCGCGCUUCGCUGCCGGUGUAGCCGAGCAGUUUGCCAUAGCGGAGGCGAAGCUGAGGGCCUGGUCCUCUGUGGACGGAGACGAGUCCAACGACGACUCGUACGAUGAGGACUUCCUGCCUCACAACGAGCCCAGCACACAGAGCACAGAUCUGUCAUCGUAUCCGCCCUACUUGAAGGACCUGAUCCACAGCCAGCUUUGCCAACACCUGGGCCUGCGGGGGCCCUGCUGCGAGGCCGGAGGAGGCGGGGGAGUUGGAGGAGGAGGAGGAGGAGGAGGAGGAGGAGGAGGAGGAGGAGGCGGUGGUGGUAGCGGAGAGCCCUCCCCCACCGUGGGCUCCCCGGACACCCUGUGCUCCAGCCUCUGCAGCCUGGAUGACCAGCACCCUCUGCUGCGAGACCUGGGCGGCCCCCGGGGGACCUACAGCAGCGCCGCCGAGCUCGCCGCCAAGAUCCUGUCGGCGCUGCAGGGGGGGGAGGAGCUGCUGCUGGCCCGCCUCCAGAGGGCGGGGCAGUGCGGAGGAGGAGGAGGAGGAGGAGGUGGGCGGGGCAUCAGGCCAUGCGGGGGUCAGGACUCUCCGUGCUACUCCAUGUCUUACUCCGAGACGUACCUGUCCCCCGGGGAGGACGACGACUCCCCCUGCAAGGACUUCGAGAGCACCGAGUGCCAUGUGCAGGGCAACGGGGAGGAGUUCCCCCCCGACUACGUCCCGCGCAGGAGGGUGUCCGACGUGGCGUCCUCCGGGGUGGUGUCUCUGGACGAGGAGGACGAGUUGGAGGAGGAGAGGCCAGGAGAAAACCAGUGACUCCCCCCCCCCUUCCCUCAGAGUUUAACCCCUCCUCAGAAGACUUUCUUUUGUUGCUCCCCUUCUCCUUUAUAGUCUGGUUGCCAGCAGAGUGACCCCAGAGAUGAUGAAGACCCCAACAUCUAGAAAUGUAUAGUAGGGGUCUCCAGCUCAUAUCUGCCGGAUGCUACCUCACAUAUGUUGGCUAAUUAGCAUAAGUUGCAUUAAUUAGCAUAUUCAGAAUAUAGUCGCACAAUAUUUGGGCUGAUUUUGACACUUUUUGAGUGUUUCUGGAAGUUAUUGAGGAUGCAGAAUCCAUUUCUGACAUUUUCAUCAUCAAAAGUAUCAUUUUUAACCAGAAAGAGACCAUAUGUCUACCUGAGUUUGAUGAAUUCUGGGUCCAUUUUAAAGUUUUAGGGUCAAUUUUUGAUCCUUAGCUAUUGUCUGCAGAUGCUAAUUAAUACAACGUAUGCUAAUAGUUCAAAUUGCGCAACAUAUGCAAGUGAGCAUCCGACCCGUACAACACAUUUCUAUCAUAAACACUCAGGGGCACUCAACAGUUCCUGGUUCACAACAGGACUUUGUGAGCUGGCAGUUAGACUACUAUGGCGUCUGAGAAGUUUGAACCGCCUCGCAUGCUGUCCCCCCCCCCACCCCCCUCUUCUCUGACUGAAGCAUCCGUCUUUGCCUUACUUGCAGCAUUUCAACUCCUCCUCCUCCUCUUCCUCCUCGCUUUGUCCCCGUUCGAUGUACCGACUCUCUUUUCUUUUCAAGGCGUCCAAACAAUCUUUUGUAUCGGUGUGUGAGAUCAGGAGGAGUGCUGGACUUCCAGAGACGUCCUCCUCGUGGCUCUGACUCAGUUUCCCGUCCCUUCCUGUGAAGAAGCGACUCUUUUAAAAAAAAGAAAACGGACGCCGCCAUCGGGCCGACAGAAUGCCAGAGUCCCAAACAGAAACUCUGACUUAUAUCUGCAUGUGUUUUGCAAGUGCUAAAACCGAUGGGCUGACCUGGUCUUGAGCCCGGUUUGCAGUCUGUUCUGUAUUACCCCCACCUCCUCUCUCCCUUUUCUCCCCAACGUAUCCCUCUGGACGGGAGCGUUGAACCUGCAUCCCGGGAUUACCUCCCUCUCCUCCCCCUUUUCUCCUUUGCAAGAGUCAAAAUAGCAUCCUUUUGGGCAUGGCUUGCUAAGUAUGCCAAACUAUUUAACCCUGUCACCACCAAUUAUGAGCAAAUGCUGGAAUGUCUACAGGUGACAGGGCAUAGUAUGUAUUUUAAAAUAACAAAAGUUUAAAAAAGAAAAAGAUUUGUCACACAGAUGAUAUAACAGAAAUGAUAUGCUUUUAUCGUACUAGUUUUCUAUCACUCAGACAUGUUGUUGUUGGCGUCGGGACGUCGCCAUCGUGGUCGACGGUAGAUACGUUCGAGGUUUCACGUGGAUUCCUUGCAGAGGAGUUGCGUGAACAAAAAAAACGACAAACCCCGACUGAUUGUUCCCGAAGGUGUUUGGCAGGAGGUGGACGAGAGGCGAAGGAGAUUUUUCUAUAUUUUUGUAUGCGUUGUCUUGCUUUGAUCUCUUUGCCUCCGCGGCGUGCCGGUGUAUGUGGUUUUUUUGCACGAAGCUAAUGUGGCCGUAGAUUUCUCCUUUUCUUCGUUAUCACUGUGUGAUAUAGUUUACCGGGAAAAAAAAACAAACAAAUGUGAAAAACAAUUUUCAUUUUCAAAAGAGGAUACUGUGAUACUGCAUUAUAUAUCUCAAAAUGUCUUUUCCGCUCUUCACCUCGGAAGCUUUGCCUUUCUUUACUUUCCGACAUGAUUUGUGACACAUCCAUCUCCGGUGAUAAGAGGAGCCCUGUUUCCCAGAGGGACUGUCAUUCAUACAACUCAGGAAAUCCCAUCGGACCAGAGCGUCGAUGCAUCCCACCCGCUCAUAUAACAUCUCUCAUCUUUCAAGUGUGUGUGUGUGUGUGUGCAUUUUUUUGUAGAAAACGCUUGGUAUUUUCUACAAACAAUUUAAGCACAGAUUCAUUCCCCAAAUCCUUCUUUGAUGUUGAUCGACUGUUUCGAAAAAAAGCAUCAACCUGCGACGUUUUGUGCAAAUGUGUGUGUGUGUGUGUGUGUGUGUGUGUGUGUGUGUGUGUGUGUAUUGUAAGAUGUCAGCGAGCCACAGAAGCUUGCACAUCCACUCAUAAAAACCCCUCCAAUGCAGCGAUUCCCUUUAAAGCGUGAGCUCUCGUUGGAGGGUUUAACAAGGUUUAAAACGAAGCAAAUCUGGACUUUAUUUUGAAAAUAAAGACGGGAUGACAUCGGUGGAAAUCUGAGGAGGUCAACUGGGAGAAAGACAGCGACAACUCGGGGAAACCAUUGAUACCAUAGCUGUGCCUUUCAUUCGUCACCUCUGACCUCCACAUCUCGGUCACUCCAGUUCUGUUUUCAGAGGCACUGUUGCUCCUCCGGUGGGUGCGUUCUCCCCCCUCUCCCGCUGAAGCUGGAGGUUACAGUGGCCCCCCAUGUUUGCGUCACUUUGUCCUUUCGCUUGACAUUAAACGCCGGGCGCUGCUGCCGGCGAGGGGAGGUUGUGCUUUUCGUCCUGGCAGUUGUGAUGAGAGCGAACCAUUGUUCUUCCCCCUCCUUUAUUUAUCAGUUUGCUCUGUCCACCACAGUGCAUUCGCUCUCUCUAAAUGUCCUCCACCCUCUCCUCCAGCAGUGUGUGUGUGUGUGUGUGAGAGAGAGGACGGGCACCUUGGUGUGUGUUCGUCCACACAGCUGUCUCUCACGUUGACAUACGUGCUACUUUAUUGGGCUGCAAAUUUCUUUUGAUACGUUUGUAUUAAUUGACUUAGUUUGUCCACGCAUGUAUAAGAAAGGACAUUUCAUACAUCACUCACACACACACACACACACACACACACACACACACACUCACACUCACACACACACACACACACACACACACACACAGCCUGAUGAAUGUCUCUCCUCUCCAUCCUCCUGUCUCCGUCCUGUCAUUUUCCUUCCCCCUCAUUCUCCUCUUUGUCUCUGUCCUUUUCUCUCUCUCUCUCUCUCCCUCUCUCUCUCUGUCUCUCCCACCUCAAUCCCUCUCCACAGGGGGGCUCAUUACAUAACUAAGAGGACAUCAGAGUGCUACCUUUGUCGACAGGCAAUUAGCCCUCGAUUAUAAAACCGCCUGACGAACAGGAGAUGUCUAUCUCCUGUCUGUCUUUUUAUUUCACCCUUGAGUCUCUUUCCCCUUCACUCCUCCUCCUCCUCCUCCUCCUCCUCCUCCUCCUCCUCCUCCUCCUCCUCCAUCUUUUGUUAGUUGUCCCAGAAAACUCCAAUUAAGGGAAGAGUUUCUCGGUCUUGUUUUUUUCGGAGCUGAUUAAUAUUUGGUAGCCCGAUAACAGAGGAACAAGCAGCUGUCCUUGUGGGAGACAGAUGUCUUUAGAGUGUUUCUUUGUGUGUGUGUGUGUGUGUGUGUGUGUGUGUGUGUGUGUGUGUGUGUGUGUGUGUGUGUGUGUGUGUGUGUGUGUGUGUGUGUGUGUGUGUGUGUGUGUGUGUGUGUGUGUGUGUGUGUGUGUGUGUGUGUGUGUGUGUGUGUGUGUCCCUGGGCAGUGAAGUUUUGUGCUUCAGGCAGGCGAUGACAUUGGAUUCUUAUCAGAGAGAAGUGCUCCAGAUUCUGUGUGUGAUGGUGGAGGGAGAACCCGGCGCUAUAAAAAGCUACCGACGCAUCUGUUGGACAGCGUCGAGGCAGGAGGACGUACGAAUACCCAGCGGCUGGUGGUGCCCCUGUUACCAUAUAGCCUAUUUACCAUCUGAGAACACAGCUCCGGGACCGUGACGCCUCUCCACCGGCCCCCAGCGGUGAACAUUAAAAACCUGUGAACAAAACUGAGACUGUGAAAACUGCUGUAGGACCUGCGUGUAAUCUUCACAGAGAGACACGUUUAACCCAUAUUAGCCUCCGAUGUUUUAAUUAAAACGACCCACAAUCCUCUGGGGCAGUUGUGGUGCACCAUAGAGGUAGGAUGGGAGUAGAACGGACUCUUCUUCUGAAAUCAACACAGCAGGAUGGACAAAGCAGGGGACAAUUUGAUGUGUGGCGUGGCCAUUGCAACAUGCUAACUUCUGUAUAAACCGAGUAGUGACAAGUUGCAACCUCUUCAUAUGUAAUAGUAAUGUUACAAAGCAACAAGGGUUGAAUAAAUAAGUAAAAGAUGCUUAUAUCCUGCAGCUACACAGCGUAGGAAAGCACAGUGCUAAAACAACAUAAGUAAAACCCUUUCCCGCCUCUUUUCUGUAACCUGAUUGGCAUUGAAAAAUAGUUGACUUAACAAGCUAGCUACCUAACUAACUAUCGGACAACUAGCUAGUUAGCAAGCUAGCUUUAUAAUUCCUGCUGUUCAUUUGAGCAUGGCAGAAUUAGCAAGCUAACUAUUGUACUGCUGGCUAAUUAGCAAGCUAGCUCUGUUAUUCCUGCUGUUGCAUUUUUGCACCGUCGAAUUAGCAUGACUAGCUAACUACAGCUGGCUAGUUAUCUACUUAGCAAGCUAAUACCGCAUAAUUAUUGUUUCCAGGUUACAGAAAUUGAGCUGAGAAGCGACUGGGUUUAAUGGUCUCUUGGCCUCACUCCAUGCUACCCAGAAGAAGGACAAGCUACCGAGCUAAUAGCCAGCUAGCAUAUCUGGAGCCCCCUGCUGUGUGUUGUUACCAAAACAACUUACACCAAUCCCCACUCUCUUUGAUUUGUUCAAAUGACAAUAAAACAGUUGAAUGUUUGUUCUACUCCUCCUCUAUUUCCAUGUGUACACAAAGUACAACACUCUCUCAC